UCUCAGUCUGGGAGCACCGGCGCACAGCCACAGCUCUGGAGUGCAUUCUCGGGACAUGCAGCUACACCUGUAAACCUCGUUCAUUCAGUCUGUGGCGCAGUGAUUGUGUGCACACAGCAGCAGCACCUUUAGGUGUGUUUUUAAAGCUGUGUUGAUGAGAUCGUUGGAGCUCGGAGGCAAAAGGAAGCAGCAGAGGAGGAGAGAACGACAUGCAGGGACGUGGAUGCUGAGCUGCUCCAGUCUACAGUCAAGGGGCCGGCACUGAGGACGAGACCCGACCCCAGGAUUGAAUAGCAGCGCCCACCGGAUGCUGACAACCGAAUCCACCAGUUGUCAACCCAAACUCUGCUGCUCAGAUGUACGCCAAACACGCUCCAACUCCCCGGGAAGAGAAGCUGAUGGAUUGUUCUGCUCAUCUCAGCUGACACAUCAAGGACCUGAAACUUUGACAGCAGCAUCAUCAUUAACGCAGAGACCCGGCAGGAUUACACUGUGAGACCAAAGAGCAAUAACACACAGCUCUAAUUAUCGAAUGAAACACACAGCCUCCUCUUCUCCAGGCCUCCGCCCUUCAGCUGACCAUGUGUGAUGGAUAUGAACAAAGGUAGUGCGAUGACUCAGGUCUGAUCCUGGAGAUGCCGAAGAGACGCGACAUCGUCGCCAUCGUGUUGAUCGUGUUGCCGUGGACACUGCUCAUCACUGUUUGGCACCAGAAUGCCAUCACUCCUCUGCUCGCCGCUCGGAAGGGCAAAGAUGACAGACGUGAUGGUCGCUCCGGCUCCAGGAACACUUUUGCCUUCAAAGAGUCCUGCUCUCUCCAGAACCGGGACAUCGUGGAGGUGGUGCGCACUGAGUACGUCUACAGCCGGCCUCCUCCAUGGUCUGACAUCCUGCCCACCAUCCACGUCAUCACCCCCACCUACAGCCGACCCGUGCAGAAGGCCGAGCUGACACGUCUGGCCAACACUCUGCUUCACGUCCCCAACCUGCACUGGAUCCUAGUGGAGGACUCCCAGAGGAGGAGCGCUCUGGUCAGUCGACUCCUGCAGGAAACAGGGCUGAACUACACCCACCUCAACGUGGAGACACCCAGGAACUAUAAAGUAAGAGGGGACACCAGGGAUCCCAGAAUACCUCGGGGUACCAUACAGAGGAAUCUGGCCCUGCGGUGGCUCAGGGAGACAUUCGGCGUGAACAGCAGCCAGGCGGGGAUCGUCUACUUUGCAGACGAUGACAACACCUACAGCCUGGAGCUGUUUGACGAGAUGCGCUCCACUAAAAAGGUGUCAGUGUGGCCUGUGGCCUUCGUGGGCGGCCUUCGUUAUGAGUCGCCUAAAGUUAACACCUUCGGAAAGGUGUACGGCUGGAAGACUGUAUUUGACCCACACCGGCCAUUUGCUAUAGACAUGGCCGGGUUCGCAGUGAACCUGCACCUCAUCCUGUCUAAACCUCAGGCUUACUUUAAACUGCGAGGAGUGAAGGGAGGCUAUCAGGAGAGCAGUUUAUUAAAGGAGCUGGUCACUCUCAGCGACCUGGAGCCUAAGGCUGCUAACUGCACCAAGGUUUUAGUAUGGCACACACGGACAGAGAAGCCUGUGCUUGUAAAUGAGGGCAAGAAAGGAUUUACAGAUCCUAAUGUGGAGAUAUGACAGAAUUCUAUCACAGAGGAGGGGUUUUUCCUUUGUACUCCACCUUGGAUUCACAUCCUCAGAGCUUCUUAAAGCAAUAGCCGAGGUCAGAAAUGUUAUCACAGCACAGUAGCUGCUCUUCACCACUCACCAAUGGAGGUACACACCAGUCCACCGCUGGAGGACACAUAAGCCAUGUGCGUGAUCCGUCCACAGAGUAUCAAAGCACAACAGCACAAAACAAGCCGACUUGUUCGGCUCGAAGCGCUGGCUGAUGCGAGACACUGGUUUGAGGUGCCAACAGGAGCCUGCCAACUGAUGUCUCCCCGGAGAGAUGAGACAAAGGAUGCUGCGCGAUUUCAAACUGCACGAAGAGAUGCCACUGCAAGCAAUAAAGAGCCCUGUGAGCGCAGAACACACCAGCCUACCAUCCAAUUAGCAUUAAAUAGGGCCCUUUUGUUCUGGAGCGAGCUGGCUGUCGGGCACAGGGCUGCACAGAUGAAUAAAGGGGUCCUUGUUUAAAGUGAGUCAGCACUGACUGACAGACUGCAUUGAGGGGAUCUGAGCCCUCCCCGCUUGUACUGUACAACACUGAGCUAUUUAGAUAGCACCCUGAACCCAGCACUAAUUAGGAGUCCUGUUACUUCUCCACACACUCACUCUGCACAUGUUGAGCACAAACACAUGCACUUAAAAACACGGAGCAAUGAUUUAUUCCAGCACUCCGUUGUGUUAGAGUCUUGUUUAUUUGUUAUAUGCUGUAACAUUACUGAAGUCUGCUCAUAUCCAAGAGAAAAUACAGCAUUUCUAUGAACCUGUCUACUUCUUCAUAAGCUAAUUAAGAUCCCAGUGGGAGCACUGACGGCUUCUCAGCCCAAUUAUUUAUUGUUCAAAGUAACUUGUACCAUUAACUUCUCAGUCGUGAGCGCUGCUUGUGUGAGUCGACCGCAUACGAGGCCAUUAAUCUGAAAAUUCAUGUGCAUCCUUUUCAAAUAGCCGUUUUACACAAUCUAAUUAUUCCCACCAUGGUUGGCUGGCUGAAAGGGAUAACUUUAUUCCGUUGACUUGCAGUAGCACUUUUAAAAAAAUGCAUACUGUAAUAAUAAUCUCAUACUGUGUGACUGUUAAGGGAUUGGUCAGUAAUUUAUUGGUUAUUCAGGCAUCUGAAACCUUGAACUUAGAAAAAGGCUUUAUUGUUUGGAAGUUGUUUCGAUCACUCCUCAACUGCCUCUUUGUUGUUUUAUAAGCUACGAGGUUCAUUUACCAUUUUCUCAGAGAUGUGGAGGCUUUAAUGCCUUAAAAUGGUGUCCUUCUGUGUUCCAGGUAUGAAAAUAAAUUCACAAAGAGGAAAUCUGACAAAUGGUGAUAUUUUAAAUGGCUAUAUUUUAAGUCAAAAUAACAUAUUUGAUAAAUGAGCUAACCCCAGACAACAGCUAACAUUAGCAUACAACCACUUAUUUUCUGUUUGACAGUGUUACACUAAACGGUGACUCACAAAUUCCUAGCAAAUGGUAAUAUUUGCUAGCUAAAAGUUGUGUUAUAUAGCUGAAUGUAGGUAAGCUAAUGGCAGUGUUCACUUGGAGCUGUUGUGACAGUUUAAAUCUGGAGGAACAUCAGGCUGUAUUUAAAAUCAAAAACAACAUUUCACAACUCCUGAGCUAACAUCAGACAGUAGCUAUCGUAAGCAAACAACCACUGCCUAGUGUUACAAAGUAUGAUCCUAGCUAAUGUGGGUAAUGUUAGCUAACAAAAAUGUAUUGCAUUUACUCCAAAAACCAAACGUUUUUUGGACCCCUUAUCUCGUAAUUAUAGGAUCUGUAUCUCAUAUUUACCAUAUAAGGUGUCCGAAAGGUUUCUUGUAAUUAUGCAUAAUAAAAGCCUUGAGCUUGUAAAAACAUUUAAACCUAUGUGCAUCACUUUUUACAGGAUAUGUAAAAGACAAUAGUGUUGGGCAGUAACGUAAUUGUAUUUUAACUACAUCUUUCUAAAAGCUUUGUGGCUUAUUUCUGAAUCAAAAAGCUUUUCAGUAGCUUAGCUGUUUUAUUGAUUAGCCUAAAUAGUGUGGUAGCGUCCAAAUAAGCUUCCCUACAAUUAAGUUGAAGUGCGGUGGAGCACUCUUACUUUCCUAAAUCAAACUUUUAAGAAAGAGUAGAAGACACCAGCCAUACACAGACUUGAUAGUGACGUCUCAUUUUAAUCUUUGAUGCCCACGUUCCUGUCGCUGGCAAUUGUGCAGACAAGUGAGCGUACUGGAGAACACACAUUAAGGUGAUUAUCGAAGAAGCUAACCUAACCAACCCCUAUGCAGUUAGCCAUCGCCAGUGCAGUCUGUAGACGCCAGCUAGCAUCUUGUGAACAGCUAACUACAGAACAUGAAGGAGGUAAGAGGAGCUCAACACACAAGAAAACAGUAGAGAAGAUGGAAUCUUAGGUGAGGGGAGAAAGGGACAAGAUGAGCCAGAGAGGUAAGUCGAGCCAACUCCUGUUUGUAGGCUACUUUUAAUUUGACUGUUUCUUAGACCAGGGGUUCCCAAAUGUUUCAACCUGCGACCACCAAAAUAACGGUGCUAACAACUGGGGACCCCCCAUUGUUCCUGAAGGUGGUAAAAGAAUGUAAUGUUGCACACAGCCGGGCAGACUAUGAGGCCUAUCCAAAUAGUGGCAUUAGAACAGCCCAAAGAGAAUUACUAGAAGCAGAACACACGUAAUCUCUUGAGCUAUGUUUUGUUUGUAUUUUCACAUUAUUGGACAAGAUAUGCUAUUUAAAAAUGUGUAUAUGUUUUUGGAAUAAAUCUCGCGACCCCCUCUCAGUGUCUCGCGACUCCCAAAGUGGUCCUGACCCCCACUUUGGGAACCACUGUCUAAGACUGUUUGCUCAAAAAACAUUGAUUUGGCUGUAACAAAAACAAGUCAGCAUAUUAAAUGUAGAGUAUGUUAAACCAAAUGUAUUUAGUUCAAUUAAAAAAGUUGUUGAACAACCUCUGUCAUAGGGGAAAAUGGUUAAUUGUCAGUAGCUGGCCAAUUAGCCUCAGUAAAUAAGUCAGCAAAGUUGAUCUAUAUAGCACCUUUCAGGAGCAGGCGUCACAUUAAAUGAUGAAAAAAAGACAGCGCAAGAGAUAGCAACAGAAAUUAAAGACUCAUCAUUUUAGCACAGAGCAGUCCAACUCAAAAUACAAAAAAGCAUUGACAUUGACGUCACCAAAAUUGCUUCAAUAGUAAAAAUAUUAUGAUAAUGAUAAAUUAAAAAAAGCCUUAGGUGACAAGCUAUGUUUAACGUAUUGCUGAAACUCAUUACAUUUCUCCUAGUGGUAGCUUUGGUGUAGUGAAGCUUAUGUUGAGUAGCUCGUAGCUUAGCUCACUACAUUUAACCAGUACCUUGCCCAACAUAUGAAGAGGAGGAGAUCAUUUUUUAUUAUCCUGUAACUUGUUUCUCCAUCUUUGUGCAUGCAAGAGAGAUUUUUACAUAAAGUAAUCGAAGGUGUCUGAUCAUCCAUCAGACUGAGCAGUUUUUAUGAGAUAAGGGGUCCAAAAAAUGUCUUUGGUGAAUGCAAUGCACUUCUGUACUUAUCAGUCAAGAAAUUACUAAAUUAAAUCUUGUAGAAUUCCCUCAGAUUAUUAUUUUCAUACCUAUAACACAGCAGCAUAACUGAGCAUGAUGUCGGAGAAAAGAUGUCACUGUGAGAAUGUGAUUAAUUUCCAUGACUGCACUGCCCAAAAUAUUCACACAAGGAACAAUUUUUACAAUCAUGUCUAUAACAGCCAUCCACAAACAUAAAUUAUGACUCUAUAAGAGGAAAUCCAUGGUAAAGAGAACAAACUGAGUACUUCUGCUGUAUGUCUAAAGAAUCACAGUAAUUGAAGGUAGUGCACUGUAUGUAUAAAGUUAUAAAA